UUCCUCAACUCCUCCUUCCCUACCUUCUUCCUCAAGUCAUCUUAGUCUUCAUCUUCUUUAUAAACACCUUCUUCUUCUUCUUUUUUGCAACUAUCAUGGACUCAUCAGAAACUCAAAGGAACAAGUGUGCAGCAUGCUUCAGACAGUUCAACAAAAUGGAGCACCUAGUGGAGCACAUGAGGAUCUCAUAUCAUUCGGUUCAUGAACCUAUUUGUGGAAUCUGUAAGAAACACUGCAGAUCUUUUGAAUCUCUAAGGGAGCAUGUUAUCGGACCAUUGCCAAAACAAGAAUGCAAAAAUGCUUUCAGCACCCGAGGAUGCAAAUUCUGCUUAGCUAUCCUUAAUAGCCCUGAUGCUCGCAGGAGUCACCAAGAAAGAUGCCAAUUCUCGGGCAUAAAUGCUGGGAUACUUGCUCGCUUGGCUAACUUGGGCAUUCGCGACAAUUUGAGUACUAAUGAUAAUGGUGGAGCAAGAGGACCGCAAGUAGUUGCACUCGCUUGCAAAAUGGUUGGUGGUGGCAGUGAUGGCUCCCUAGAUCUUUGUGGAAGGGUCUGCCUGAUUGAUGAAUCUGAGAACAUCAUUUUCCAUGCUUAUGUCAAGCCAACAAUUCCGGUCACAAACUAUAGGUAUGAAACAACAGGCAUUCGACCAGAAUACUUGAGGGAUGCAAUGCCACUCAAGCAAGUGCAAAGGAAGAUUCAAGACUUCCUUUGCAAUGGGGAACCAAUGUGGAAAAUUAGACCUAAAGGCGGCAAAGCCAGGAUUCUUGUGGGUCACGGUUUAGAUCAUGACCUUAACUGUUUGCAGCUUGAAUAUCCAGCAACUAGGAUCAGGGAUACUGCAAAAUAUCCUCCAUUGAUGAAAACAAGCAAGCUCAGCAACUCGCUCAAGUAUUUAACACAAGCAUAUCUUGGGUAUGACAUUCAAAUUGGUAUACAAGACCCUUUCGAGGAUUGUGUGGCGACAAUGAAGCUAUACACGAGGAUGAGAUCCCAAGUUCAUAAAAUAGAGGAGUUUCCGAUGGCUUCUGACCCACAAAACCGGAACAACUUUGCAUCGUGGAGGCAAAGCGAGCUUGAAAGGAUGAGCCCAGAACAAAUGUUGCAAAUCUCAAGGUCAGAUUACUACUGUUGGUGCUUGGACUCCAUGCAGGGAUAAUGCUUGAAUAUAGAGAGGCCAAUUUACUCCAAGGCUGGACAAAUAUAUAUAACAGCUGAUGAAGGAUCGGACAUGCUACGGCCUCUAAUAAUGCUUUAUGACUAGAAAUAAUUACAAUAAAAUGGGAGUGUUAUAUAUAUGUCGUUUCCAAAAGGUGUUACGUACUUAUGCUUGUAGUACUAUGUAAACCAAACUUAUGUAAUUGUAUGCUUGCAGCUGCGCGCUUAAAUAAUCUAGCUAUAUAUAUUUGGAAGUCA